CAUAAAACAGUUAAACACACAGAGAGACAGACAGACUUGUGUCGGAGAUGACAACAUCGUCGGGAUCAACCUCGGCGUGGGUAUCGACGACCUCUGUGUCUUCGUCAGGGAAGAGAAUCCAGAGAGAAAUGGUGGAGCUCAACAUGGACCCACCUCCUGAUUGCUCUGCUGGGCCCAAGGGUGACAAUCUCUACCACUGGGUUGCCACCAUCAUUGGUCCUCCAGGAACACCAUACCAAGGUGGGAUAUAUUUCCUUGACAUUAAGUUUCCUGGUGAAUAUCCAUUUAAACCUCCACAGAUCGUAUUCAGGACUCGAGUCUUUCAUUGCAAUGUUGAUUCUUCUGGUAAUGUAAGUUUGGAAAUCGUAAAGGAUGGUUGGAGUCCAGCUCUGACAAUUACAAAGGUGCUACUAGCAAUUCGGUCCAUUUUCACGAAGCCUGAUCCUUAUAAUCCGCUGGUCCCUAGCAUCGCCCAUUUGUACUUGGCAGAUAAAGCUAAACACGAUGAAUUAGCUUCUGAGUGGACAAUGCGAUUUGCCAAGUGACAUUUACUCGGAGUCUACUCACAUGUUUUACUCAGCACAGCCUUGCAAGUAGACUUGGUCAUGUUUCCAAGAGGUUGAUAUAUGAAAAAUGUAAUGUAAGGUAAAAAGAAUCGUCGUUGCUUCAUGGCAGUCAUAGUUGAAGGGCAAGAACAACAAAGCAAAAUGCUUGCAACAUGUCAUGUGAAUAUGUAUGAUAACAUUAGAAAUCUGUUAGUCAUAUUAGACUAGUUUUCUGG